AAAAGCUGCCAUGGCAAGUUCAAAUGUUUAUGCUGUUGUGGGAGUGCUGGCCAUUAUGGCAAUUAGUGGAGCAGUUAUGGCACAAGAUGUUGAUCCAAUCAAGGUAAAUAAUUGUGAAAGCAAAAGCAAGAUGACAUGGCAUUGUAUUAAUGAAGUUUUUGCAAGCAUAUUCAAAACUGGAACUGUCAGUGAUGAAUGUUGUCAUCAACUUGUCAAUCUAGGUCAAAUAUGCCAUGAAGCAUUGGUGAAGAGAACACUUCAAAAUCCAUUGUUCAAAAAUAAUGAUACGUCGGUAAUCUUUGCAAAAUCUGCACAAAUAUGGAACAAGUGUAGUUUAGUUGAUGUUUCACCUAGUCCUUCUCCUUAAGGAAUUCCAUACUAA